AUGGCAUCAUAUACUAUGCCUGGGUCAUUUGACUCUAAUAUAACACAACAAAGUAAUACACUUUUAGGAAAGAAAGCAGGGGCGACUGAAAUAGUGAGUGAAAAUCUUCAGCAAGAACUACAACAAAAAUUCAUUUCGAGUAAUAUCAUUCAUAAAAAAACCAAAUUUCAGCAUGAUCUUUUACAGAAUUUAUCAUCAUUAUGUUAUAUUCUUAUAUUUUAUCAAUUUUCAAAAUAUUGUCAUUUAGCUUGUUUAAUACCUUUCAUACUAAAUAUUGUACCAUUACUUGGACUAAAUCCAAAAAUACUUUUGUCAGGUAAUCAAUCUAUUUUGGAGAUAGUUUUUGAAAAUGAAGAGAAUGCCGAAGAGAGACUUAAUUAUUUAAAGUCAAGAUUACCGAAACUAUGUUAUAUGUUAUACAUCAAAACCAUAUUUGUUAUAUUAUACCAUGUUAUAUUUAUUUGUACUUGGGUGGUAUCUUUAGUCGAUGAAGAUAAAUUGUCAAAAUUGGAAUAUGGUACAUGGUGGUUCGUUUCAUUCAUUGGUGAAUCAACCCCCGACUUAAACCAAUCUGACUCAUUCUGGUUAAAGAUUUUGAAACUAGGAUUAAUGCAAAUUGUCAUAAUUGAUUUAGUGGUACUAUUUAUUCAAUUAAUAUUAUUUCAAAGUGUAUUUCAUCAAAGCUCACUACUUGGUGGUAGAAGAAUCGAGGAGGAUGAAGCGUUUUUGAUACGAAGUGCCAAUUCUCUGGCUAAUGGGGUACAAGCCGACGAUAGCUUGAUUGAAGAUGAUGAUGGAAUUGUGUUAGCAUUGAUAAUACGGCUUUAUGAUACGUUCGAUCUAAAAAAUAUGUUGUAUUAA